CCAGUCCGUGUUUGUAGUGCUGUAGUGUCACUUGCUAUUAAAUUCGGUGCGACAGUUAGUUUGUAUUCUUCUUGACAAAUCUGUACAGUGUUUCUUUACAUUUUCAAUAUCAAGGUCUUGGUUGGGUGCGUGUUAUGAUAAAGGACAUACUGUGUCCAAAGGAGUGCAAGAUUUUGUCGGCCGAUUGGAGUCGAGAGAAUGAAUGCAGGCAACAAACUUUAACUUCAACACAGAAAUCCGAUCGUUAAAUAGAGACAGAGCAUCUAUUAGCACUGGAAAGAAGUUAUCGGACCAACAAAGAUGCUGGUCGAGUCCUAUAGGCCAAGGCUUGGCAGUGGUUUUCUACGGCCGAUUCUCUGGUUUCUGGUCAUAUAUUCAUCGACUGAGAGAUUUGCCGGUUGCUUUCCAGGGGUAACGGUCAGUGACCCGCAAUUUCGACCAGGGGUUCGGACGCCGCGAGAGAGAGAAGUGGCUGAUGACCUCCAUCGACUGAGCUCAGCAAGUCAGGAGCUGCUCGACGUCAUGAAUGCAAUUCGCAAUGAGUCUGCUCGCAUCCUUGAAUCAAGAUCGGUGAUGUUAUUCUUCAGCAGCAACUUGAAAUGCCAACUCCCUCAUCUAGAAGGCAGUACAUUACGAACUGGAAAACAUAUCAUACAACAGUUCGCAAGUACAGUAGACAGAAUCAUCACAAACGACAGCGCUAGAGGCAUGGAAGAGACUGUGAAAAAAUUGGAGUGUUACUCUGAUGCCCUGAAAGAGAUAGUAACUGGGAGAGAAAGUGGAAAUGCUACUGAUCAGAAAGAAUACGAAGAUUUCCAGACCGUUUUGCAGACAGCUGAGGCUUCGGUCAACGUUAAGCUGGAAGAGCUUAAAACUAGACUAAAUUAUAUGAAAGAAACCUACAGCGUUACCGUUAAAGACCCUGAAAAGCAUUCUAGAAGUCGCAGAGGGACAGAAGCUAAGACGCAGGAAAUUUUGAGCUUUAGUAAUCUGACUUUAAGUGACAUUCAAAACCAGCUCACUAAAGAGUUCCAGGACCUCCAGUCAGCUAUCUAUCUUCUUGUGGAUCUGAAGGGAAACCUUAGGAGUGCAAAGGAUGCGCUCUCUUUGACAAAUCUGCUUAUUACUGAACUGGAGGAAUUGUUAAAAUUGGUGACAUCUUCAAAUUCCAGCAGCAGCAGCAUUGGUCAUAUUGUUGUUACACAUGGGCCUUAUUGCCAUGGCGUUACGAAAACUGGAACCCUGAUGCAAAUAUUUUGGGCACUGCUGAAUGACAGUGUUAGUCAUGCAAAGACUCUAGAACAGGAAUUUGAAAGCAGAACAGCCCUCCAGGAUGCCAUGGAUGCUGUGAUCUGUAGGAUGUCAGCUUUCUCCAGAGUCUUACGAAUCAUUGCUGGCAAGAUGACCUCUAAAGAAAAGACGGAAAUAUCUGGCGCCCUCGAGGACUCUACUAUGCAAGUGGGAAAAGUCCAGAACCUUUUGCAGGGGCGAGUUAAUGGGUCACAGGUAGCUGUAAAGGAUACAGAAGAGCACAAAGAAGCCAUACGGCAUCGUGUAACUAGACUCGCAACUGCACAGGAUCGUCUUCUGUACAGGCGUUCUGUGGAUAAGGGAGAGUCCCAGAAACCCAAAAUUAUCAUGCAGGUCGAGCAGUUGAUUAUCAAAGAACAUCGUGAGAGAUUCAAAUGAAUAAAAAGUAUACGUAGGUUUGUAUCAUUCUGCCUCUUCUGCAGAAGGCAGUGAAUUAGAUUAUUUUUUUAUAUAAAUAAUGUAUUCGUUUAAUUACUGAAGACCAUUUAGAUCUCCGUAUUUCGGUAGAACAAAAGGAGAGAUACCUAAUAUGCAUGUAUGUUUACGAGUAUAUUACCUAGAGAUGUAUAGUAAUGUUUUCUUGUAUUAAUAUAGAUUUUCCAGCAAUGAGUACUGUGCAUUGACCUUCAUAACAGAUUGUCAACAUCUUUACCUCUUUUUUGCAAUAAUUACAUACAACUUUUAGUUAGUAUGAUAUGAAUAUAGAAAUAUCAUAUAUGAGUGAAAUGUAUAUUAGCACGUUUAGAUAAUCACCAUUGUAAGUAGGCAUAUACGGUAUGU